UCUCAGUUGUCAAGUGAUCAGCUGACCGAAACAGGUCGGCUUCUCGGUGAGACAAGCAGCUAAAAACAAGACGAAAAGGAGGUUCAUUUCUGUUUUUAUUUGCGACGGAGGGAAACGUUCGUCGAUAAGCCUUUCUUUAAAGGGAAAUGUUCCAGUAGGACUUUUAGUGACACAACAGCAUAAUGUCGGGGAACAACUUGGUUCUGCCCAUAGUGCUCUGGGGCCGCACGGCUCCCACCCACUGUAUCAGCAGUCUGCUGGUGAUGGACGACUUCAGCACCAUCAUCACCGGCUGCCAUGACGGACAGAUCUGUCUCUGGGACAUGACACCUGAGCUGGAGAUUUGUCCCAGGGCCAUGUUGUUUGGCCAUACAGCCUCCAUUACCUGUCUGUCUAAAGCCAGUGCGUGUAGUGACAAACAGUACAUCGUCAGUGCAUCAGAGAGCGGAGAGAUGUGUUUAUGGGAUGUGAACGAUGGACGGUGUAUUGAGUUCACCAAGCUGGCCUGUGCUCACACUGGCAUACAGUUCUAUCAGUUCACCAUCGGCACUGAGAGGGAGGCACGUCUGCUAUGCAAUGGCCACUACCCAGAAAUCCUUGUGGUGGAUGCAACCAGCCUGGAGGUCCUGUACUCCCUGGUGUCCAAGAUCUCUCCUGACUGGAUCAGCUCCAUGAGCAUCAUCCGAUCCCACCGAACACAAGAGGACACAGUGGUGGCAGUGUCAGUGACUGGGAUUUUGAAGGUCUGGAUCAUAACAGCUGAGGUCAGCAGGAUGCAGGACCUAGACCCUGUGUUUGAAGAAGAGUCCAAACCCAUCUACUGUCAGGGCUGUCAGAGUAUUUCCUUCUGUACCUUUACUCAGAGCAGCCUGCUGGUUGUCUGCUCCAAGUACUGGAGGGUGUUUGAUGCAGGCGACUACUCGUUGCUCUGCUCAGUGUCCAGUGACAGCGACCAGGCCUGGACCGGAGGAGAGUUCAUUGCCGCAGACAAAGUCAUCAUCUGGACCGAAGACGGCUGCAGUUACAUCUAUAAGCUGCCUGCCAGCUGUCUGCCUGCCAGUGAACACUUUCGCAGCGAUGUUGGGAAAACCAAAGAAGGCUCGAUCCCUCCGCUGGUCUACAGCAUUGCCGACCGCUCAGACAAACAGCUCCUGAUCUGUCCUCCUGUGACGCGGUUCUUCUUCGGCCGACGGGAGCCCCUCCAUAAGUUGCUGAUCCAGGGAGACUCAGCGGGCAGACUGUCCCUGUGGAGCAUCCCAGACACCUCGCCUCUGCAACCGCUGUCGACCGCUGCAGAGCUGCAUGUGUCGUCCACCAUCAGUCUCCAGGAGGCGUUUGAUAAGUUGACCCCCGUGUCUGCAGGGAUCAUCGACCAGCUAAGUGCUCUUCCUGGAAAAGAAGGACCGAUCAAGGUGACAGCCAGCGUGUAUAUCCCCUCCCAGGGUCGCCUGGUGUGUGGCAGAGAAGAUGGUAGCAUCAUCCUGGUUCCUGCCACUCAGACCGCCAUUGUCCAGCUUCUGCAGGGGGAGCACAUGCUCAGGAGAGGCUGGCCGCCCCAUCGUACCCUGCGAGGUCACCGGAACAAGGUGACGUGCGUCCUGUAUCCGUACCAGAUCUCCCCCCGCUACGACCAGCGCUCGCUGGUGUCUGGAGGAGUGGACUUCUCCGUCAUCGUCUGGGACAUUUUCACCGGAGAGAUGAAGCACAUUUUCUGUGUCCACGGAGGAGAGAUCACCCAGCUCAUUGUCCCACCUGAAAACUGCAGUGUAAGACCUCUGACAUGUAGCUUUAUGUUUCUUUUCGACCACUCCGUUGGCCUGCUCAGUCUCAGGGAGAGGAAGUGCAUCAUGCUGGCGUCGCGACACCUCUUCCCCAUCCAGGUCAUCAAGUGGCGUCCGGCAGAUGACUACCUGGUGGUGGGAUGCUCUGACGGCUCCGUCUACGUCUGGCAGAUGGAUACAGGAGCUUUGGACCGCUGUGUGAUGGGAAUAACAGCAGUAGAGAUCCUGAAUGCCUGUGACGAACUGGCUCCUGCCACUGUGGACGCUCUGACCCACUCAGCUGUGAACCUGAAGCAGGCGAUGACUCGCCGCAGCCUGGCAGCACUGAAGAACAUGGCACAGCACAAACUGCAGACACUCGCCACCAACCUGCUGGCUGCAGACAACGCCGACAAGGGCAACCUGCCGAAAUACUCCCAUAAUGCCCUUGUGGUCCAGGCGAUGAAGACCAACAUGACAGACCCUGACAUGCAUGUGCUGUUCUUCGACGUGGAGGCGGUGAUCAUUCAGCUGCUGACAGAGGAAGCACAGAGACCGAGCCCCACGCUGGUGUCUCCAGAGACGCUGCAGAAGAGCCAGGCUGGGGCUGAUAAGGGGGGCUCCUUCCUGGCCAACAAGAUCUUCAAGCAGGUGAAGGAAACGAUGAAGGAGACCAUCAAGGAGCACCUGUUAGAUGAAGACGAGGAGGAGGAGGAAGAGAUGAGGAGGCGGGAGGAGAAGUCCAAGUCUCUAAGUCUGCUGGAGUACAACCUAACGAUGGACACGGCCAAACUCUUCAUGUCCUGCCUGCACGCCUGGGGUCUCAACGAACAUCUUGACGGCAUCUGUCUGGAGCGACUGGGCAUGCUCAGACCGCACUGCCCCAUCUCCUUUGGCCUGAUUUCCAGAGGAGGUCACAUGUCCCUUAUGCUGCCUACCUUCAAGGAGUCCUUGCUGCGUCAGUUGUCCCUGGCGACGGGUCUGAAGCUGACUCUGACUGACAUUGUUGGGAAGGGGACGUACGGCGUUUCAAGGGCCGUCACCACACAGCACCUUCUGUCUGUAAUUUCACUGGCCAACACUCUGAUGGGCAUGACCAACGCCACCUUCGUCGGAGAGCACAUGAAGAAAGCACCAGUCAGGCCUCCCAGACCAGGAGGAACCCCGGAGACUCCUCGCAGGACACUGGCUGCCCCCCCUCAGCCCUCCAACCCAGCACUACAGGCCCAGAUCAAACAAGGUUGGAGCCAGCUGGCAGCCAUGCAUUGUGUGAUGCUCCCUGACCUCCUUGGACUGGACAAGUUUAGACCUCCUCUGCUGGAGAUGUUGGCAAGGAGAUGGCAGGACCGCUGUCUGGAGGUGCGAGAAGCAGCACAAGCUCUCCUAUUGGCUGAGUUAAGGAGGAUUGGCCAAUCCGGACGUAAGGACACCAUUGACUUGUGGGCUCCCUACCUUCCUCAGUACGUGGAUACUGUCAGCUCCCCUGGGUCGAGCACUGAGCCCUCCCCUCCAGCUCCGCCUCCUCCUGAGGCUCAGCCAAUAGAAACAAAGGUUCCUGAGGAAGAAAUGGACGUCACGGAUGAUGACAUCACAGCAGGCUGUCUGUCCAACCUUCCACCAAACGCCAAGAAAAUCUCCAACUCGUACGAGGAGCGCCGUAAACAAGCCACCGCCAUCGUGCUGCUGGGGGUCAUCGGGGCUGAGUUUGGCGCUGAGAUCGAACCUCCAAAGGGUUCAGCACGGGCUCGAGCCGGCGGACAGGCGCCUGAGGGCUUCGGACUGACAAGUGGAGGGUCAUCCAACUACUCACUGGCCAGACACACAUGUAAGGCGCUGACCUUCCUGCUGCUGCAGCCCCCCAGCCCCAAGCUGCCUCCCCACAGCACCAUCCGCCGCACCGCCAUCGAUCUGAUUGGCCGAGGCUUCACCGUGUGGGAGCCGUAUAUGGACGUGUCAGCGGUGCUCAUGGGGCUGCUGGAGCUCUGUGCUGACGCCGAGAAGCAGCUGGCCAAUGUUACCAUGGGUCUGCCCCUCAACCCGCCGGCAGAUUCCGCUCGCUCAGCCCGCCAUGCCCUCUCUCUUAUCGCUACUGCUCGACCACCGGCUUUCAUCACCACCAUUGCUAGAGAGGUUCAUCGGUACAAUGCAGCUCAGGCAAACUCUCAGUCGCAGCAGAACGUUCACACCACCACUCUGGCCAGAGCCAAGACUGAGAUACUGCGAGUGAUUGACAUCCUGAUAGAGAAAAUGCCUGGCGACGUUGUGGAUCUGCUGGUCGAGGUGAUGGAUAUCAUCAUGUACUGUAUUGAAGGGUCUCUGGUGAAGAAGAAAGGACUGCAGGAGUGUUUCCCUGCUAUUUGCAAAUUCUACAUGGUUGGUUACUGUGACCGCAGUCACCGCAUCGCUGUUGGAGCUCGCCAGGGUUCAGUGGCCCUCUACGAUGUCCGUACCGGAAAAUGCCAGAACAUCCACGGUCAUAAGGGUCCUAUCACAGCAGUGUCGUUCGCCCCUGAUGGCCGUUACCUGGCAACGUACUCAAAUGCUGACAGCCACAUCUCCUUCUGGCAGAUGAACACCAGUCUGCUGGGCAGCAUCGGGAUGUUGAACUCGGCCCCUCAGCUCCGCUGCAUUAAGACCUACCAGGUUCCUCCUGUGCAGCCGGCGUCCCCGGGCUCCCAGAAUCACCUGAAGCUCGCCCGCCUCAUUUGGACCUCCAACCGUAACGUCAUCCUCAUGGCCCACGACGGCAAGGAGCACCGCUUCAUGGUCUAAAUCAGAUGUGUAUCUCCGGCUGAGCCCUUGUUGUUGUAUCUGUUUGAGGGGAGUCUCCGAAAUGCUGCCCAUGGAUUCACUCAGUGGUCACUUUAGUUUUAGUUUCAAAUAUGUAUCCUGAGCUGCUGAGUCUACACUGAGUCUAAUAAUAAGCGGGGCUGAUGGUAAUGGCUCAGGUGGUUCCAUUCAAAGGUUUGUCUUAAACACCCAAGGUAAAAGUAAAAACCCAGCUCAGGUCCAGGUUUGGACUGGAUGAAUCUUUAGUUUUUAUCUUCCAUAGUGAUCAUUGUGAGGAAACGCACUCUGUAAUUUAUUUAAAAAAGCUGUGAUAUAAGGCUUGUUUACAUUAUGAUUUGCAUCAAUGUAUUUUUUUAGUUAACACCUUCUUGUCAUUCCUAUUUAUUUGCUGUUUUUGCUGGAUGUCACAGAUCUCCUUUGUCACCAACUUGUUGCAGCCAUUUUGGGUCCCAACUGUUUUUUAAAGUCAGCCUUUGGCUUGCUCCCAUUUGGCUGCCCUCCUAGUUUCUAUUUUAUUUUAGUGCUAAAUAAUAUCCUCUUUUCUUUUUUUUUAAAUGUGCAAUUAUUUGUGGAUUGACUUUGCAGAAACACUGAUUGGAAUAUGGAUUUAGCAUAAAUAAAACAAUCUUGGCUCCA